AUGUCCACGGAUGGGACGUACCUCGAGGUUGAUGUCGUCGCGAUUAGCGGAUCCGAAGACCUCCGGCAGGGCUUAGGAAAAUUUGUGGCUUUCGCACGUGGAAUGGGGGCGAAGGAAGAGAGGAGAAGGGAACAGGGGCAGGGCCCAACGUUCAGCGAAGAGGCGAUUCCGGCACUCUCGACUCCCACACAAGAAAUUGAGGUCGAUGGGGAGGUCAAGCACAAUUGGGGGGGAAAGGAAGGAAGAAGGAGAGGGCUUGGUCAGGUCGCAAGGCCAGUUCUUGUUGUGUCUCGUCUGUCGAGGACACCCUUCCCCACCAGCAAACCUACAACCCUGCCGUACUACCUCUACUACCUACGAGCAUCCUUUGCCCCUGAUAUCGACAUCCUCGGUGCUGGUGUCACCAUCCCGUAUCCUAACCGCAUGAAAAGAAUGAUGGGCAUCAAAUACGGUGUGGCGUUCAGUAUUGCGAUCCAUAUGGCGGUGCUACUCGAAAGUUGGUCCGAGUGGCCGCGAAAAGGGGCUAGCCAUGUUAUCGGUGGUGACGGCCAGGAGAUGGGCCAGGCCAGACGAGGUAGACUACACACUGCGGUCAUGUAUUCGUGUGGAUGCUGCGACAUCAGCAGUCUGUGCAAGACGAAAACGGUCGAGACCGUGGGUGGCCUCAGGCGCCAACUCCAUUCGCAUUCCGCUGUGAAUCCUACCGCGUCGCAUUAUGCAACGGUCGAGAUCACUGCCUCGGGCAAGUCUAAGGAAGGGGAGGUGGGGCAUGGGCCGAAAGAAGCGACUCUCACGAUUUCAGAUCUCGUAGCUUUCCCCCGUCUGGUUUAUAAAGCAUUGCUCGUAUCUGCACCGUUGACCGAUGCGCAAAGCCACGGAAAUCAUCGGCUAAUUUCCGAUUGA